UAUAUAUUUUUUUGUUUGUUUUGGCAACGUUUUGUUUUUUUCGCGCUUUUGACUUAAAACGCGAACCGUGGAAACGUUGUGUUGUGUUCCAGUUCUAAAUACCCAAUCGAAUCGAGGUUAAAACUCAUCAUUAAUAAUAGCCAAUAACCUAAGCAACAACAAACAUAUUUACAAUGUUCAGUCCGGAGUUUGAGAUACGCAUCUUAAAACACUGCAGUCCCGUGGCUCGAAAUCUUUUUGAUAAUCUCGAAGCGUCGACGACACCAACAUCGCUGGAUCGUUUUAUACCCUGCAGGGCGCACAACAAUUGGCAAACGAGCUUUGCGUCCAUUAACAAGUCGAAUGAUAACUCGCCGCAGACAAGCAAGAAGCAGCGCGAUUGUGGAGAAACGGCACGCGAUAGUCUGGCCUAUUCGUGCCUAUUGAAGAACGAGCUCCUUGGCUCGGCCAUAGACGAUGUUAAGACCGCCGGGGAGGAGCGGAACGAGAACUCCUAUACGCCGGCGGCCAAGCGCAGCCUCUUCAAAUAUCAAUCACCCACCAAGCAGGACUACAAUGGCGAGUGCCCGUACUCGUUGUCGCCAGUUAGCGCCAAGAGCCAAAAACUUCUGCGAUCGCCGCGCAAGGCCACACGUAAGAUAUCCAGAAUACCGUUUAAGGUAUUGGAUGCGCCGGAACUACAGGAUGAUUUCUAUUUAAACCUGGUCGAUUGGUCGUCGCAAAACGUGCUUGCCGUCGGCCUCGGCAGCUGUGUGUAUCUGUGGAGCGCUUGCACCAGUCAGGUCACCCGGCUGUGCGAUCUCAGUCCCGAUUCUAAUACAGUCACCUCAGUGUCAUGGAACGAGCGUGGCAAUACAGUUGCCGUGGGCACACACCACGGCUACGUGACCGUUUGGGACGUGGCAGCAAACAAGCAGAUCAAUAAACUAAAUGGACAUUCGGCGCGUGUGGGCGCACUGGCCUGGAAUAGCGAUAUACUGUCGAGUGGUUCAAGAGAUCGCUGGAUCAUUCAACGGGACACGCGAACGCCACAGCUACAGUCGGAACGUCGCCUGGCCGGACAUCGUCAGGAGGUGUGCGGACUGAAGUGGUCACCGGACAAUCAGUAUUUGGCCAGCGGCGGCAAUGACAAUCGUUUGUACGUGUGGAACCAGCACUCCGUUAAUCCUGUGCAGUCGUAUACGGAACAUAUGGCCGCGGUGAAGGCAAUCGCCUGGUCGCCACAUCAUCACGGCCUGUUGGCCAGCGGCGGGGGCACAGCAGACCGAUGCAUACGCUUCUGGAACACGCUGACGGGCCAGCCCAUGCAGUGCGUGGACACUGGCUCGCAGGUGUGCAAUCUGGCCUGGUCGAAGCACUCGUCGGAGCUGGUCUCCACACACGGCUACUCUCAGAACCAAAUACUCGUGUGGAAAUAUCCGUCGCUGACGCAAGUGGCUAAGCUAACUGGUCACUCCUAUCGUGUGCUAUACUUGGCCCUAAGUCCUGACGGCGAGGCAAUUGUCACCGGUGCCGGCGAUGAGACGCUGCGCUUCUGGAAUGUGUUCAGCAAGGCGCGCAGCCAAAAGGAGAACAAGUCUGUACUGAAUCUGUUUGCCAACAUCAGAUAGAUUCGCUGCUCAGAUUUGGGAGGAACGACAUGCCCCGCCAAAUUGGGCGUGCGUUGACUGAGAGAGGCGCCAAAGGCAAGCAACAACCAACCAAUAAAUCAACCAACCAACCAAUCAACCAACGAACGAAUCAGCCAAUCAAUCAACCAAUCAUUCAACCGGGGACUUUAGGCGUAUCCACAUAAGGCACUAUGUGAAUAUGUGUUGAUUUAACAAUAUUUACUAAAUUUAUGUUAAACUUAAUUGUCGAAGUGUUUCGAUACAUCUCUAUCUCUAAGUUUUGGGCCGGGGCAAAUUUCUGAAAAGAAUUGUGGAUUAACUUUUGAACGAACACCCAAACAAAAAAAAAAAUCGCAAAUACAACUAAAUUUGAGUCGGUGCAGCGCUAUAUAUUUAAAAGGAAAUAUGAACUUAUAACUUAGUCAAAUGAUCACAUGAUCCUCCUCCCAUAUCCCACUCCUACUUCUAUUCUUCUCUGGACAAUCCCAGAAUAUAGCUAUACAAUAGGUCCAAAAAUUAUAGUGUUUAUGUCUUAAGUAUGUAUAGUGUCUAUUAAUCAAUUCGCUAAUCAUGAUCUAAUUGUAACUCUAAUCCAAGAACCAGAACUGAUAAGAAAGCUAAAUGCAACAGCUCCUAAACUUAAAUAAUUGAAAU